CACUUUACCAAACUUUUCUUUUCGAUUUUCCAAUUACAACACCUCUUUAUCUUCUUCUCACAAUUAAUAAUUUCCUCUCAAUAAUAACCCUUAAAUCUUACCAAUUUACUUAAACUAUUAUACUAAGCAUUCUUGAUAAAGUCCACAAUAUUGGGUUACUUUUAUUUUACCAAAAUUGAUCCAAAAUCUUUGAUUAUUGUGAUUCUUGAUUUAUGGAAUCAAAAGGGUCAGAUAAAUUGUUGGCACCAGGGUUUAGAUUUCAUCCAACAGAUGAAGAAUUGGUUAGGUAUUAUUUAAGGAGAAAGAUUAUUGGUAAACCAUUGAGAUUUGAUGCUAUUUCUGAAAUUGAUAUUUACAAAGUUGAACCAUGGGACCUUCCAGGUAUGUCGAGGCUGAAAACAAGAGAUUUGGAAUGGUACUUUUUCAGCGUGCUUGAUAGGAAGCACGGCAAUGGAGCAAAAACCAAUCGGGCGACAGAACGAGGCUACUGGAAGACAACUGGAAAGGACAGGACUGUCAAUCAUAAGUCUAAGGUUGUUGGUAUGAAGAAGACCCUAGUUUUUCAUAGUGGUCGGGCUCCAAAAGGUCAGAGGACUAAUUGGGUUAUGCAUGAGUACAAACUAAUUGAUGAGGAGUUGGACAAAGCUGGAAUUUCUCAGGAUGCACUUGUGCUAUGUAGAGUCUUCCAGAAGAGUGGUGCAGGGCCGAAGAAUGGGGAAAAGUAUGGGGCACCUUUUGUCGAGGAGGAAUGGGAGGAGGAUGAUGAGUUAGAAAUUGCGCCCAAGAAAGAGGUUGCUGAAGAAGUUGAAUUUGGAGAUGAUAUCUAUCUAGAUGGACAUGACCUUGAGCAGAUUCUCGGGACUGACACACCUGUGGAUAGUGCUCCACUUUCUUCGAAACGCUACUGCGAGGAAAAUGCUAGCAACAGCGGGGAAACAAGUAACUCCUUUGAAGAAGCACAAAACUGGCUUCAGCCCCCGGACGAGCAGGAAUCAUAUGAUCCUGCAAUUGAACAUUACGCAAUCGCAAAUCCAGUCAAGCAUGAAUUCAUGAAUGAACCAAGCAAUAGUGUGAACUCUGAAGAUGCAGAUUACUUACUUGAUGAACCAAUCGUAACUGCAACUGAUAACCUUCAAUUCAAUGAUGGAGCAUUCCUUGAAGCUAGUGAUCUUUCAAGACCCAUCGAGGUUGAUACAUCAAGUUUUGACAUGCUUGAGGAGUACCUUACAUUUUUUGAUGCAGACGAUGACUUCCAAAGUAUGGGUUUCAAUCCACCAAUGAUGAUCGGAGGUGAUGCUCAUGUCUCUGACUUAGCAUCUCUGGAGGAGAAGAACAUUGGUGAGCUAGCUGACCAACCAGUUGCAUCGAGUGAAGAGCCCGAGGAUCAGAAGAACAAUGUUGCAUCAUGUUCGAAACUGGAACCAUCUAAAUUUGGAUCGGGUAGCGACUAUAAGUAUCCAUUUAUGAAGCAGGCAAGCUGCAUGUUGGGCGGUAUUCCUGCUCCUCCUGCAUUUGCUUCGGAGUUCCCUUCAAAAGCUCUCCGUAUGAAUUCUUCCUCGGAAGCAUCCAGUUCAAUCCAUGUCACUGGUUUGGUUCAAAUAACGAACAUGACUAUGAGUGGCAAUGGAACAGACGGGUUGGUGGGCAAGCAUGGGAAUUACAACGUUAUCCUAUCUUUUGGCAUAUCACAUAGCUCUGCUCACUUGGGAUCAGUAGUUAGUGUUCUUCCCGGGAAGACGAUGUCGACAUUGUCCUGGUGCUGGUUCUAUUAUCUGUUCCUUUGGCUCCUCAUUCUUUCCACUAGCUUCAAAAUUGGCACCUUAAUUCGUGUCAAGUAAGGGCUCAAGAAUAUAGGGCGCUCAAUCAAAUCAAGCUUGAGACUAGUUUUACUUUGAAAUUCUUGGUAGAUAAUCUUGAUCUUUACUGAAGUGACAUUAUUAUAUAUGAUAUACCUAUACCAGGAAUUUUUUAGUGUUUACAUUAAAGUGUAUUGAUACAGUUUCUGACUGUUGACAUAUGAUGUAUGCAAUCUCCUGAACGAAUUUAAAACUAAAUGGUGUAUCACAGUGAAACUCUUUUACAGCAGUCAAGUACUGUGAAUUUGCAUA